AAAGAAAUAAAAAUAAUGGUGUAAAGCCAACUCGAGGGGAAUCUGAAUAAGCCUCCAAAAUUGUUUUUUUUUUUUUUUUAAGAAAUAAAGGGAGCUGUGUAGUGGGUCAGUGGCUAGGCUUAUGUGGUAGGUUAGUGAAGUGGAAUUUGGGGUUGCUCUUGGACAUGGCCUUGAUUAGGAUCCUUUACAACUAUUCAGAGGAUUGUGUGAAGUAGUUACUGGAAAAAGAACUUGAAUUAUGCAUUUAUUGGCAUUAAUGUAAACAUCAUUAAGUCCUAAGCAUUAAUGGAAGGGUCCAUAUAUUUUUUCUUUUCUUUUUUUUUUUUUUUUUUUUUUUUUGCUGCUGUUGCUGUCUAGAUGUUUCUCUAUAGCAAUUAAUAGCAAAACCUUUACAUUCUUGGUUUUUAAACUUCACCAUGUGCCUGAAUUACGUGGUGUGCUUGUGAAAAGAAGAAUUUUCUGUCUUGCACAAAUUCUGAUUUUAGCUAUCUGUGAUGAUGGCCAGAUCUUUAGCAUGGACCAUACUUUGAGAGAUAUGCUUCAAACAGAAAAUGCCCACCCCUCCUCCUUUACCCAGCAUAUACUCUAUGGUUAAUUCUUAAAGUAAUUGCCUUACAGUCUCCGUUAACUCUCUUGCCCUUCUCUUGCUUUGUCAUGCUCGCUUGGCAAAACCUCAUCUCUGACUAAAUGCAGUUCUUUGCCUUCUCUGUUCCUGCACCAAAAGUGAUCAGGAGAAAGCAUAUUACCAGGCUGAACUGUCACUUUAAAUUCAUGACCAGUAACUUCAUGGAGGCCCUUAAUGUUUCCUGACGGUCAUACUACAAUUUUUGGAGUCCACUUAACUCACCUGCUUUCCUAGGCCACUACUUUAUACUUCCUCUCUUCUGUAACUUCCAAAACAUCCCUCUCAGUUCUCGUGCUCAGCUGAUGGUUAUCUUUUUGCCUUCGGCGAGAGAACAGCAAGCUCCAGAAAGUGGCUGUGCCUUCAGCCCUGUGCUAGAAUGAGAACAUAUGGAGCCAACUUGAGUCCAGAAGAGCUGUGGCCACCUCGUUUCGCCCAUCUACUUUUCAGCUUGCAGUGUCUGAUUCUUCACUACCGUAUUCUCAGUCACUUCCACUAAACAGUGCCACUGUUUUAAGGUUCUGUCACACUCAGUAACCCACUUCUGGUUCCUCAUUCCGUGUCAGUGAUCAGUAGUAGACUGAAGAAUCCACCUUAGAUUUGCUGCAUACUAUUAAUUAGCUUACAAAAUGUCUAAGAGGAGCUAAGCUGGGAUGCCACAUAGGCAGAAGCCAGGAAAAAUGACCAACCACAGAACUAAGUGGUUCCAGUGGAAACUCAGCAGCUGCUGGUGCCUGCUACUGGACUGCCACCCACAUUGAAGAGAGAGACUGGACCACCAGGAAGGUCGUUUCACAUUCUGUAGUAAAAAUACCCCCACAAUCAUUUUGGUAGGGUCUUCUGUCUUCAGCUAGGGUGUACUUGCUUGGUGGGAGUUAGUUAUAUAUGUAUGUCCAAGUUGAAGGGGCUUCUGGGAAAUACAGUUUUUGGAUUUUGCCUGGGAAGACAGUCAUAAUAUGGAGAAGUCUGAAAGUGGGGAAGGGAUUUUCAAAAUAUGUUGGGCAGCUGUAAAAUAUCAGAUACCCAUUAUAGGCAUUGAAGGUUACCUAAAUGACAGAAGGAUGCACUAUAUUCAUGGGUAGGAAAGAUUAGUUUCAUCAAGAUUUCAAUUUUUAUCAACUCAUAAAAGUAUCAAAAUUCCAGAGGGGUGUGUGUAUAGAGAGGCAAAGGACACAGAAUAGCUAACCAAGUUUUGAAAAACAAGAUGGGGGUUUUAUGCUACCAGAUAUUAUAUGCAAUGAUCAUCAAACAGAACGAAGCAAAAAACAAACUCCCCAAACCCAAGUUGAAAAAAAAAAAACCCCACACUGUAAUAGUAUUGUUAUUAUUAUUUUUUAAGUUGGAAUCUUGCUCUGUUGCCCAGGCUGGAGUGCAGUGGUGCAAUCUUGGCUCACUGCAACCUCCACCUCCUGGGUUCAAGUGAUUCUCUUGCCUCAGCCUCCUGAGUAGCUGAGAUUACAGGUGUGUGCCACCAUGCCCAGCUAAUUUUUUACUUUUUAGUAGAGACAGGGUUUCACCAUGUUGGCCAGGCUGGUCUUGAGCUCCUGGCCUCAAGUGAUCCACCCGCCUCAGCCUCCCAAAGUGUUGGGAUUACAGGCGUCAGCCACUCUGCGUGGCCUGUAACAUGAUUUGCUGAAAUUUUUGAAAAUCUAAAAUAAUGUACUGUUUAGAAAUAUACAUAUUUUAUACAAAAUUAUAAAGAAAGCAUAGAGAGGUAAGCAUUAGUGGCACAGCUGAGAAAAUAUAAAAGGUAUUUCCGUCUCUAUCCGGUCUCCCUUAUUCUGCUACUGCUCUCAUUCUGUCUCAUCCCAGGAAUCCAGUCCCAAGUGCUGCCUGCCAAUUGUCCAACACCCUCCACCUUUGCCACCUAUUUCUUGUUGUAAAACAGAUGUUUGUUUCUAAAAUAUAAUGAAUUAAUGAUUAUCACAGCACAGGCAUACCUCAUGUUAUUGCACUUUGUUUUAUUGUGUUUUGCGGAUAUUGCAUUUUUUACAAACUGAAGGUUUGUGGCAAGCCUGUGUUGAGCAAGACUAUCAGUGCCAUAUUUUUCAACAGCAUGUGCUCACUUCAUUUUUCUGUGUCAUGUUUUGGUAACUUACAAUAUUUCAAACUUUUCAUUAUAUGUGUUUUGGUGAUUAGUGAUCUUUUAUGUUUCUAUUGUAAUUGCUUUGGGGUGCCACAAACUGCAUCCAUGUAAGACAGUGAGCUUAGUUGAUGUGUGUGUGUUCUGAUUACUCCACUAACUGAUGGUUCCCCAUCUCUCUCCCUCUCCUCAGACCUCACUAUUCUCUCAGACACAACAGUAUUGAAAUUAAACCAGUUGAUAACCUUAAAAUUCCUUUAAGUGUUUAGGUGAAAAAGUCAAAUGCCUCUCACUUUAAAUCAAAAGCUAGAAAUGAUUAAGCUUAGUGAGGAAGGCUGAUGUCAAAAGCUGAGAUAGGCCAAAAGCUAGACUGCUUCUGCCAAACAGUCAAGUUGUGAAUGCAAAGGAAAAAUUCUUGAAGGAAAUGAAAAGUACUACUCCAGGGAACACAUGAACGAUAAUAAAGUGGCCGGGUGCAGUGGCUGACACCUAGAAUCCCAGCACUUUGGGGAGCCAAAGUGGGAGGAUCCCCUGAAGCCAGGAGUCCGAGACCAGCUUGGGCCACACAAUGAGACCCUUGUCUCUACAAAAAAUUAAAAAUUUAGCAGGGUGUGUUCAUGCAUGCCUGUAGUCUGAUCUACUUGGGAGGCUGAAGUGAGAGGAUCCCUUUAGCCAAGGAGUUCGAGGUUGCAGUGAGCUAUGAUUGUGUCACUGCACUCUAGCCUGUGUGACAGAAUGAAACCGAAAAAAGUGAAACAGCAUUAUUACUGAUAUGGAGAAAGGUUUAGGGGUCUGGAUAGUAGAUCAAACCAACCACAAAUUCCCUUAAGCCAAAACCUAAUCCAGAGCAAGGCCAUAACUUCCAUUGUAUGAAGGCUGAGAGAAGUGAGGAAGCUGCAGAAGAAAAGUUUGAAGCUAGCAGAGGUUGGUUCAUGAGGUUUAAGAAGUCAUCUUAUCAUAAAAGUGCGAGGUGAAACAGCAAGUGCUGGUGUAGAAGCUGUAGCAAUUUAUCCAGAUCUAGAUAAGUUAAUUGAUGAAGUUGCUACACCACGAGAUUUUCAAUGUGGACCAAACAGCCUUCUUUUGGAAGAAGAAACCAUCUAGGACUUUCAUGGAGAGGAGAAGUUAAUCCCUGGCUUAAAAGCAUCAAAGGGGCAUUCCCGGCGGCUCCGGGUUUGGCGACAAGGACGUGGGAGUGUGACUGCGUCUCGGGCAGCAUGGCCAAGAAGCGGCACACACUGGACUCCUAAGCCCAGUGGCUCCCCGACUCCUUCAAGGACAGCCCCAGUAAGGGCCUUGGACCUUGCGGAUGGAUUUUGGUGGCGUUCUCAUUCUUAUUAACAGUUAUAACUUUCCCAGUCUCAAUAUGGAUGUGCAUAAAGAUUAUAAAAGAGUAUGAAAGAGCCAUCAUCUUUAGAUUGGGUCGCAUUUUACAAGGAGGAGCCAAAGGACCUGGUUUGUUUUUUAUUCUGCCAUGCACUGACAGCUUCAUCAAAGUGGACAUGAGAACAAUUUCAUUUGAUAUUCCUCCUCAGGAGAUCCUCACAAAGGAUUCAGUGACAAUUAGCGUGGAUGGUGUGGUCUAUUACCGUGUUCAGAAUGCAACCCUGGCUGUGGCAAAUAUCACCAAUGCUGACUCAGCGACCCAUCUUUUGGCACAAACUACUCUGAGGAAUGUUCUGGGCACCAAGAACCUUUCUCAGAUCCUCUCUGACAGAGAAGAAAUUGCACACAACAUGCAGUCUACUCUGGAUGAUGCCACUGAUGCCUGGGGAAUAAAGGUGGAGCGUGUGGAAAUUAAGGAUGUGAAACUACCUGUGCAGCUCCAGAGAGCUAUGGCUGCAGAAGCAGAAGCGUCCCGCGAGGCCCGCGCCAAGGUUAUUGCAGCCAAAGGAGAAAUGAAUGCAUCCAGGGCUCUGAAAGAAGCCUCCAUGGUCAUCACUGAAUCUCCUGCAGCCCUUCAGCUCUGGUACCUGCAGACACUGACCACCAUUGCUGCUGAGAAAAACUCAACAAUUGUCUUCCCUCUGCCCAUAGAUAUGCUGCAAGGAAUCAUAGGGGCAAAACACAGCCAUCUAGGCUAGUGUAGAGAUGAGCGCUACCCUCCCAAGCAUGAAGUGGGGGACCAAAUUAGCCUUUAACUCAUAAAGAGAGGGUAGGGCUUUUCCUUUUCCAUAUGUCAAUUGUGGUGUUCCCAGAAUGUAUAGCAGUUACAAAAAUAGGUGAAAGAAUUGUUAGCUUGUAAAUACCAAGAGAUUGGUGAUUUAUAUAAGGUAAUCUGUUAGUCUUAAAAUAGUUAAAAGUUUGUAUUUUUAGAUUAUUAUGUAGUAGGUUAGAUCCCUCUUGUUUUGACUUCCACUGACUCAUUCUGAACCCCCUAAGCACCCAGGACAGAGGCAAGAACCUGGGCUGUAACUGCCACCUGACACCGCUGACUGGAUAAAUGCUUUGCAGAAAGUGAUGACCUUACACCACAACCAGCUUCUCUAGGUCAUAUGUGCCUUACCUCCAGAGAGUCUUUUUUUUGUUUUGAGAUGGAGUUUCACUCUCGUUGCCCAGGCUGGAGUGCAGUGGCAUGAUCUCGGCUCACUGCAACCUCCGCCUCCCGGGUUCAAGAGAUUCUCCUGCCUCAGCCUCCCCAUAGCUGGGAUUACAGGCUCAUGACACCAUGUCCAGCUAAUUUUUGUAUUUUUUUUUUUUUUUUAGUAGAGAUGGGGUUUCACCAUGUUGGCCAGGCUAGUCACAAACUCCUAACCUCGGGUGAUCCACCCACCUCUGCCUCCCAAAGUGCUGGGAUUACAGGCAUGAGCUACCACACCUGGCUUGGAGAGUCUUAAUUAAGGAAAUUUCCUAAUGUUCAUUUAUUUUCUAAAUCCAGACCAUGUUUCAGAAUAAUCCUUACUUGAGAGUAGCCAUUUUCUUGCCUAUACUUGUCAGAACUAGAGGAAAUAGCCAAAACUAAUGAAAAAGAUUAACCCUUCAAAGACUUUUAAAUUCACUACUAUAGUGGUCAUUUUAAAAAUACAUCCAUGUUUUAACUUAUUUGAGCCUUCUAAAUGAUUCCUCUGUGUUCUGUCUUUCAAACCAGCUAAAUAUUUGUCACAAAAGUGCUUUUUUCUCACUGUUGCCCAUUUUCUAUGUCAGGUUUUAAACAGUUUUAAUUUUGUAAUAAAAUUUUCUCUACAUUCUG